ACCUUCAUUAAUGGGAAUUUUAGCAUAUUCUAGUUCGGUCGUAUGUUUCAUAUUGUAUAUUGCAGUUGUAGUAAUACAUUUGUUAUUGAGAAACGCUGCCAACGUUCGUAUUAUCUCAAAUUUUGCAGAAAUGGACUCAAGAUUAAACCUCACUGUGAUGGAAAACUUUUACAGAACGGCAAGGAACUAUAAUUACGCCAUUAUUUUUGCAAUACUCGCCAUAAAUUUGGUAUACAUCGUGGUGUACUCCUCCAGAACAAAUAACACAAAUUCUAUUUAUUUAGUUACGGUCGGCAGUAUAUACACGUUGCAUGACGUUGAAAUAUUGUUCGUUUGUGUCUUGGUUCACAUGCUUAAAGUCCGACUGGUUAUACUGAAUAACAGUGUCGAUAGACUUGUCAGAGAAAAUGAAAAAAAGGAUAGAGUAUUCGCUACGACAAUUCGCCAGGAUAAAAUGGAUAUAAAACUGCAUGAACUUUCGCAGGUGUACGACGUUAUCGGAGAGACGAGCCGCUUGAUAAACAACCUCUACAACUUUCAAAUCUUCAUAGCGUUAAUAUGUACGUUCAUUUACGUACUGAAUUCUAUAUGGGAACUCUUGUAUUCUUUUAAAAGAGAGAUGAUUAUUGUCGACUUGAUAUUGUCCAUUGGUUGGAGUGGUAUCAAGUUGUUUUACUUGCUGGCAUUGUCGCUUGUUUGCGACGGCUUGUUGGCGGUGCGGGACGACACGAAGGUGCUGGUGAAUGAGCUGGUGAUGGACUACGACCUGCCGCCGAAAGCGCGCGCGCAGGCCAAGUCGUUCACUCAGCUGAUCGACGCGCGCCCGCUGACCUUUCACGUUUACGACGUGUUCACUGUCGAUAUCACUUUGAUGCUGAAGUUCAUAAGCGUUUCCACUACGUACUUAAUUAUCAUUAUACAAAUUUCAAAUUUUGUUUGA